AACGGAUAUAAAUGCAGUAGUUCCCAUCUAAAUCUUUACAGACAUGCCUUACAACAAAUAUCAGUCAGAUGAAGAUCUGACCACACAAGCACACAGAGUUGUUCAACGAGAAGAGUUGACUGUGUUAGAAACAUCAGAAAUGAUUGCUAACAAAGGAGGGUGGCACAUGAUGCAGAUGCUUGAAGAUCUAUAUAAAGCAGUCAAUGAUCUGAAAAAGGAGAUUGACAGUCUGAAACAAAUGAGGAAGCAACAACUGCUUGUACGUAGAUAUGAACUUGCGUCUAACAGCAAAAAAUACGGUAUCUUCGAAAUGGCUCGACAAGAGAGAAAUGCUAUCGUCCACGGUGGAAACAUUGAGUUCGAUGUAGAAGUCCUUAGAUGGAUGCAUGACAACGACGAAGGAAGCCGUCUAGAAGACGCUGCUCUAGACGGGUUUGAGGAAAUGUACGGCUUGCAUUUCAGCAAAUGCAGCUCCCUCAUUAGUACACCAGCAAAAAGGAUUAUUGAUAUUGUGAAUAAAAGAUGUGAGCUUCGUUACCUCUUGCAAUACGCCCAGAGCACACAUCAUAAAUCUGAGAUUGAGUCCAUGAAGGGUAAUCGCCACAGAAAUCAUUCGUCUAGGGGAACAGUCUGAAAGAUUUUCCGGGGGUUUUGAAUCCUCUGCCGAUCUUAGAACCGAAAUCGCUGCGAAAAUUGGUGACUUUGACCGUUUGUACAAACUCCGGCGAAUACAGGAGAAGAAAAAUCUCAAGAGGAAGAGUUAAGAGAAUUAAUUCAGGGGACCUCCCUGAUCUCAGUGUCUUCUGUGUCGCAAUACUAUUUAUUUAUCAAAUCUAAUAGUC